UUCAUUAAUACAUCAUAAAUCGUCAAGCACAGCGUUAUAACGACCAAGAUCUACAAAUCAAGCCCUCUAAAACAACCUAAAUGAGCUCUUACUUUGUAAACUCGUUCUCAGGGCGCUACCCAAAUGGCCCUGACUAUCAGUUACUAAAUUAUGGAACUAGCAGCAGCGCUAUGAACGCCUCGUACAGGGACUCCGGCACCAUGCAUUCAGGCUCUUACGGCUACAACUACAAUGGGAUGGACCUAAGCGUCAAUCGUUCAACCACCACUGGCCACUUUGGGGCGGUUGGGGACAACUCCCGGGUCUUCCAGUCUCCAGCUCCGGAGACGCGAUUCCGUCAGCCAUCAAGCUGCUCGCUCGCGUCUCCGGAGCCGCUGCCUUGUUCCAACAGCGAAAUCCUGGGACCAAAAAGCUCUUCGCCCCCUUCCGACCAAAGCACCACAACUGCGGGUAAUAAUCUUACCAAAAACACACAUUUCACAGAAAUCGACGAGGCCAGCGCCUCUUCUGAGACCGAGGAAGCGUCUCACAGAGCGAACAACUCAGCACCACGGACACAGCAGAAGCUAGAGACCACGGCAACCUCCACUACUUCGGCGACGUCCGAUGGCCAGGCUCCCCAAAUAUUCCCUUGGAUGAGGAAACUACAUAUUAGCCAUGAUAUGACUGGACCAGAUGGCAAAAGGGCCCGAACUGCAUAUACCCGCUAUCAGACGCUAGAGCUGGAAAAAGAGUUCCAUUUCAAUAGAUACCUCACCCGGAGGAGGAGGAUAGAGAUAGCCCACGCUCUAUGCCUCUCAGAGCGCCAAAUUAAGAUUUGGUUCCAAAACCGGCGGAUGAAAUGGAAAAAGGACAAUAAACUGAAGAGCAUGAGUUUGGCUACCGCAGGUAGCGCUUUCCAGCCAUAGUUGUCUCCCAAGUCAUACGUUGUGGUGUGCAAAAGAAAAUCAAGAGGAUGAAAAAUAUGUUUCAAAACGUCAUUUACAGAGUACUGUACAUCGCGGCACCUUUCGGCAUGUUAUGGAUGUUUUAGGCAUUUUAAAAUUCUACUGUGGUACUGCUAUAAUGAAACGAAAGUUAGUGUUCAUAUGUUGUUCUUUUAAUAUGGUGAUUCUAAUUUUGACAAGUAAAUAAAAACGGAAGGGGAAAGAAGCUAUCAAUAUACCGCCUGUUGUCCUUGUUAUGAAUAUUGUUUAUGUGUCCAGUGCUAUGUUAAUGCUUUCUUGAGAGUUAGCAUGUAAGCUCUUAAAUGUUAUAACUUAUUUACACUACCUAUACACGUGCAUACCUUUUGAGUUUACAGCUUAGGAACGCAUCUGCCCUAGUAUGAAGUGAAGCUCUAGUUUUGUGGUAACUGCAGUAAAUUGAGCAGAAACCUCUGUAUGUUUCAUGGUCCUAUGUUUUAUUGUCUUAUUAAUCCCAUUCGACUUGUCAUGUGUUGAAACUCUUCUGUUAUUUUAUGAGAAAAAAGGGAAAUAUGUAAAUAGUCUUCACUAGAUUCUUGUACCCGUUCAUACGUGUGUAUAGUUGUAUUCCAAAUAUGUAAUUGUAUAUUACUGGAUCAUGUUUAUGUUCCAAAAGUAUGUACAUAUUGAACAUUUUUAUUGUGAUCAGUUGGCUAUUUGUAGUAGGCAGAUUGAUCGGCAAAGGUGUGGAAAACAGAAAAAAGCUAUCAUGUCGAACUGCCUGUUAGAAUUUGCCAAAAAGCUUUUUGUAUUUGUUUGUAGUUUAACUUGGAGUAAAAAAAAUAA